AUGUCAGGUAGAAGAAGGGCAUAUCCACAACCACAAUACACGGCAGGAGGUGUCGGUCCUCAGCCACCAAUUGGUCAACCUCAACAACCUCAACAACCAAUUGGAGGUCAACCUCAAACAGGAGCACCUUAUGGAGCCGAUCAGUUGAAUAAUCAAUUUCAAAAUAUGUAUAUCAACAAUAAUGGAGCAACAAAUCCUCAAUUUCAACAACCACAACAACAAAAUCAGUACCCACAACAAACUGCACAACAAAGUGGAUUAAGUUAUGAUCCAUAUCAACCACAACCAGGAGCUACUGGAGCAGUUUAUGGACAAGGAAUGGGUGGUUAUCCUCCAGGAGCUGGUGCUCAAACUGGCUUGCCACAACAACAAGCAGCUGGCGGUGCAGCGUAUGCGGGGUAUGGUCAACCAAAUAAUAUUGCAUCAGGUAUCCAAUUUAAUGCAUUAUAUACCACUGAUUUAUCUCGAGAUUUACCACCACCAAUUGCUGAAUUAUCAUUUCAACCACCACCGAUCACAAUUCCUGAAAGUGCAACCCUAAUUCCAGGAUCUAAAACUGCAAAUGGUACACCAGAUUAUUUCAGAUCUACUUUAAAUGUUGUACCAAACAAUUCAUCAUUAUUGAAAAAAUCAAAAUUACCAUUAGCUUUAGUUGUGAAACCAUACAAUGCAUUGAAAAUUGAUGAUGAGAAUGUUCCAGUUACUUGCGAUACAACAAUUAGUAGAUGUCGUCGUUGUCGUGGAUAUAUUAAUCCUUUCAUCACAUUAGCAGAAAAUGGAAGACGUUGGAGAUGUAAUUUUUGUAAUUUAUUAAAUGAUAUUCCAAGUGCAUUUGAAUAUGAUGAGAUAAGUGGACAAGUGAAAAACAAAUUUGACAGAGUGGAAUUAAAUCAUUCAGUGGUUGAAUUUAUUGCACCAAAAGAAUAUAUGGCAAGAGCUCCACAACCAAUUGUAUAUGUUUUUAUUAUUGAUGUAUCUGUUCAAGCCGUUCAAACUGGCCUUACAGGAACCAUUACAAGAACAAUCUUGGAAAGUUUAGAUAGAAUUCCAAAUGCAAACAAGACUGCCAGAGUAGCUUUUAUUGGAGUAGAUUCAACUUUGCAUUAUUUUAGAUUUAACGAAGGUUUGGAAGGUACAGAAAUAAUGGUGGUUGCAGAUAUUGAUGAACCAUUUUUACCAUCACCAGGAGGUUUAUUAGUAAAUUUACAUGAAAAUAGAGAAGCCAUUGAAAAACUAUUAAUUGAUUUUCCAACUUUCUUUGAAGGUAAUGCAAAUCAAGGUUUUGCUUUAGGUCCAGCAUUAAAAGCAGGUCAUAAAUUAAUUAGUAAUGUUGGUGGUAAAUUAGUAUGUUUCACUGCUUCAUUGCCAAAUAUUGGUGAAGGUAAAUUAACUGUUAGAGAUGAAGCAAGUGUUGCUGGUAAAGCUAAAGAAGCCAAGGCUUUACUCACUUCUGCUGACAGUUUUUAUAAGUCAUUUGCAGUCAAUUGUAAUUCAUCACAAGUUACCGUGGAUUUAUUCUUAACUGCUUCAGCCUAUCAAGAUGUAGCCACAUUAUCAAAUUUACCAAGAUAUACUGCUGGUCAAACACAUUAUUAUCCAUCAUGGUCAAGCAACAGAGAUGAAGAUAUUACUAAAUUAUCUAAAGAAGUAAGUGAUCAUUUAUCACAAGAUAUUGCAUUAGAAGCUGUUUUAAGAGUAAGGGGUUCAACUGGUUUCAGAAUGUCAUCAUUCUACGGUAAUUUUUUUAAUAGAUCCUCAGAUUUAUGUUCAUUCCCAACUUUCCCAAGAGAUCAAUCUUAUUUAAUUGAAAUGUCGAUAGAAGAAACAAUAAAUAAACAAGUUGUGUAUUUCCAAGCUGCUGUAUUACAUUCUACAUCAUUUGGAGAAAGAAGAAUAAGAGUCAUGAAUUUAGCAUUGCCAGUAUCAUCUAAACUAGUUGACAUUUAUGCAUCAGCUGAUCAAUUGGCUAUCACUGACUAUUUCACUCAUAAAGCAAUUGAAAAAGCAUUGUCUAGUUCAUUACCUGAAGCAAGGGAUUAUUUGAUUGCCAGAGUUGUUGAUAUUUUGAAUAUUUAUAGAAAAGAGUUAGUUGCUGGAAAUGUUUCUGGUGCUUCACCGUUACAAAUAUCUACUAAUUUGAGAAUGUUACCAUUGUUAUUAUUCUGUUUAACUAAACAUCUCGGUUUCAGAAGUGAUAGAGUUCCAUCAGAUCACAGAGCUGCAGCAUUAAACAAUUUAGGAUCAAUGCCAAUCCCACAAUUAAUAAAGUCUAUAUACCCUACCGUUUAUUCAUUACAUAAUAUGCCAGAUGCAUGUGGUUUACCUGGUGUUAAAGAAGAAACAGAAGAAGGUGAAGAUCAAGAAGAAGAAGUAACAGAAACAGAUGUUGUGUUACCAGAACCAAUCAACGAUUCCAAGUCAAGUUGGGAAAAUUAUGGGUUAUACCUUAUUGACAACGGCAGUGAAUUAUUCCUUUGGGUAUCAGGGAAUGUUGUACCAGGUUUAAUUCAAGACGUAUUCGGCACCGAAAAUCUUUAUGAAAUCCCAACAGGUAAAACAGAAUUACCAGAAUACUCAAUUGAAGAAAGUGAAUUUAAUUACAGGGUACGUCAAAUUAUAGGAAAGAUAAGAGAAAAUGCACAAUCGAUAACAUGGAAAAAUCUUUAUGUUGUUGUCGGGGCUUCUUCUAAUGAACCGAUAGAAAUAUCUCAACAAAGGGAUUUAAUGGCUUUACGAAUGUGGGCCUCAAGUUGUUUGGUAGAAGAUAAAAUAGGUGGUGAACCCUCGUACAGAGAUUUCUUGACUUCAUUAAAGUCAAAGGUUAGUCAAUAG